AUGGCGGACUGCGCAAAUGUUUCUGUCGCCGAAUUUAGAGAAACCUUAACGAAAUUGCACUAUGUUGAAGAAAAUAGCGAUUCCAGUGGCAAAUACUAUUUAGAUGUUUUGAAGAUAAUAACGGAGCACCUUAAAAUUGAACAAUGUAGGAAAGAAAUGUCAGCUGAUGCAUUCCAUGAUAUAAAAGUGAUACUUGGGCAUUGUUUUGAGAGAAUAACUGUAAACUCUGAUAACUCACAAGAAACAGGAAAGUUGUACUAUGAAUCAAGAACUCAGUGGUGCACAGAAUGUUUUCGGAUUCUACGAAACAGCUGUGUACAGUGCCCAAAAAAUCAGGAUUUAAUAAGGGAUUGUGAUAUUCUUCUAGUCGUGAAGCAAAUCCUUCUUUUUUACACUUCAAAACAUUUACAAGACAGUGAGGAUGUUAUAGCAAUACGAUGUGCCGUUCAGUUUCUUGGUAAUCUGGUGGCUGGAAACACUAAUUUACAAAAGCGGGUUUGGCAAAUAAUGUUUCCAGAAAUAUUCAGUAAUAUUUUUAAUUUGAAUGAUACAAAGGCAUCUAUUUAUUCCUGCAUGGUCAUUCAUAAUUGUCUAAAUGAUCAUCACAAACAACAGCUAAUUAAGCAACCUGGUGGACAAACGUUAGUGGAAAGCAUCCUACAAUUGUGUAAAUCUGAAACGGAACAGGAGUGGGCACUUCACAUUAUUCAAGACUUGGUACUGAAUGUAGAGUUCUUCUUAACGCAGUACGAGGAAGUUAGUGAAGAAUGUAAAUUAAUUCUUCUUGACAUUGUGUCUGCUAUGUUGGAUGAUCCCUCGUUCGAUUCAGAGCUGUCAUCGCAAGUAAAUAUGGAUGGAGACACACACGAUAGUAUACCAGGAUUCGUUUUUGCUUUCUUAGCCCAACAGUUUGAAAUGCAGGCAUGUAAUGUAUUAUUACCCAAGAGUGAUAAAAUAGAUGAGAACACUAUUGAAACAGAAACUCUUGUAGUUGUUCAACUCUUACAAAUAUUAUGCCUUGCAACUUCUGAUCUGGGCAAAUAUAAAGUACUACAGAAAAGAACAUCAUUACUACAUAUUACUUUGGAAAUGUUACAGAAAGCCCAUGCCAUUGGCCAAAGUGGCGAUAACAGGUUCACCGUCAGCCAGACUUUAACCAGUGCUGCCUGUUCUCACACUGAUAAUCCAGUAUUUGGAUUUAAACGAGAUUUAAUACGACUUAUUGGUAAUAUGUGUUAUAAAAAUAAAGACAAUCAAGACAUGGUGCGGAUAUCGGAGGGUAUUCCACUAAUAUUGGAACAUUGUAACAUAGAUGAACACAAUCCAUUUAUAAGCCAGUGGGCUAUCUUUGCAAUUCACAACAUAUGUGAACAAAAUGCUGACAACCAGGACGUCAUCGCCAGUAUGCAGAACCAAGGUGUCGCUGAUUGUAAACAACUUAAAGAACUUGGCGUGGAUGUUCAAGAAAGAGAUGGCAAAAUUUAUGUAAAAACAACAAAAAAGACAAAAGCCUCUUAGAUGUUUUACUAUCGCACAUAAAUUACUCAGUACCAUAAAU